UGAGCUUUCGCGCAACCGCCCAGCUGUUUUCUUACUGGGUCCUUAAAUUCCGUCAGUUCCUUAAAGGCCCACCGGCAUGACAUAACGCAACCGACCCACUGAAAAUGCCGCCCAUCGAAAGAUAUUCUAUUUAGCCGCCGUUCCACCUUUUUAUAGCUAAGGAUUUUAUAGUUGCGAGAUGGCCAAACAGGAGAGAAAAGCGAGAUGGUACUUCGGCGGAUUGGCGAGCGUGGGAGCCGCUAUGGUGACCCAUCCACUCGACCUCAUCAAGGUCACCCUGCAGACGCAACAGGGUCACCUGUCGGUGGCCCAAUUGAUCCCGAAACUUGCCCGCGAACAGGGGAUACUGGUCUUCUACAACGGCCUCUCCGCCUCAAUGCUACGGCAAAUGACCUAUUCAACGGCCCGCUUUGGGGUCUACGAGGCCGGAAAGGAUUACGUCAGGACGGACACCUUCACCGGAAAAGUGGCACUCGCCGGACUCUCUGGCCUCGUGGGCGGAAUCGUGGGAACUCCCGCGGACAUGGUCAAUGUACGCAUGCAGAACGAUGUAAAGCUGCCCCCGGAACAACGUCGCAACUAUAAGAACGCCUUCGAUGGACUGUUCAAGGUGUACCGACAAGAGGGAUUCGCACGGCUCUUCUCCGGAGCCACCACAGCGACUGCCCGUGGCAUCCUGAUGACCAUCGGCCAGAUUGCCUUUUACGACCAGACAAAGAUCUAUCUGCUGGCCACGCCCUAUUUCCACGACAACCUGAUCACCCACUUCACCGCCUCCCUGGUGGCCGGAACGAUAGCCACCACUCUGACCCAGCCGCUGGAUGUGCUGAAAACGCGAUCGAUGAACGCGAAACCCGGAGAGUACGCCGGACUUUGGGAUGUCGUUAAGCACACGGCCAAAUUGGGACCCCUUGGGUUCUUCAAGGGCUACGUACCGGCCUUUGUGCGCCUGGGUCCCCACACGAUCAUCACCUUCGUGUUCCUGGAGCAACUGCGUCUCAACUUUGGCACCGCACCGAGCUAGCCGG